AAUCUUAACUUGCAAAAGUGACUUGUUAUCUGUCUUAAUGUUAAGUGUGAGUUUUAGCCGAUUCAUACCUCUGAAUAUAAAAAAAAAAUGAAGCAAAAUUAAACUAAGGAUGUAUUUAUUAUCAAUUAACAAUGAAUUAAUUUGGUGUAACGAAUUUGUGGAAUUGGUGCCGCUUCCUCCCGGUGGUUUUGUUUUGAUUCUACGGUGGCGGAGUGAGUCCUACUCUCUACCAUUAACUAUCAACAAGUACUUUGUUUGUGCAGGUUCUCUAACUCGUCUUUCAGUUUUUGAUUAUUGAGGAUGGUGCUGGUCUUGGCCUUGGGGGAUUUGCACAUACCCCACAGGGCACCCGAUCUUCCUGAAAAGUUCAAAUCUAUGCUUGUCCCUGGGAAGAUCCAACACAUCAUUUGUACAGGAAAUUUAUGUAUUAAAGAAGUCCAUGACUACCUAAAGACUCUUUGUCCCGACUUGCAUAUAACUCGCGGCGAGUAUGAUGAAGAUUCAAGAUAUCCAGAGACCAAGACACUAACCAUUGGCCAAUUUAAGUUGGGACUAUGCCAUGGUCAUCAGGUUAUUCCAUGGGGAGACCUGGACUCGCUAGCGAUGUUACAGAGACAGCUUGAUGUAGACAUCCUUGUUACAGGUCACACCCAUCAGUUUACCGCUUACAAACACGAGGGUGGUGUGGUUAUAAAUCCAGGUUCUGCAUCAGGUGCCUACAGCAGCAUCACCUAUGAUGUGAACCCAAGUUUUGUGCUUAUGGACAUCGAUGCCUUGCGUGUCGUGGUCUAUGUAUAUGAACUUAUUGAUGGAGAGGUUAAGGUUGACAAGAUUGAUUUUAAGAAAACAUCCACAAGUCUACCUGCUCUUUAAAAAUUUAUUUUGGUCUUGGUCUCUUUAAUCUUUGCUUUUCUAUUUGGUUGUCUAGUGUUUUUCUCUUUCAAAAGUUUGAAAACAUGUAUUUGGCAAUAUCGUAGGAUUUGAUCAAUUUGUGAUCUGUGCAGAACUUAUGUGACUGAUUAACAAUGGCUUUGUGUACCCCGUUGAUCAUAAGUCGCAAAGUCUAUGUAACAUGGUAAUUUAUAUUUCAUAAACAGGCAGUUAUUAGAAGCAUCUACGAUCUGGACCUUGUUAAAUGUUGGCAUUAGUUUACAAUAUCAUAGUUGCAUGCAUGUAUGUUACACAAGUACAA